GGUGUUGGAGAGGCACCGACAGGUCACGAUGAGAGAGUCGGCUUCUGCUCCCAGAUUGGUGUGUUUCACCGGCUCAUGGGGAGAGAUGGCUGCAACAUUUUGUUUGCUGGUGAUGCCAUUGAUGUGUUUUCAUACACGCUGCUUUACAGUAUAAACUACCCCAGCCUGCAUGAUAACAACAUCUUGCGGAGGGUCCUGGUGACUGAGGUGUUGUACUGGGCAGAGAACCUGAGGAGAAGAUGGAUAGAGGAGAAGACUGGGGAGAGGGAUGAUUGUUAUACACAGUGCCAGGCUGAAGGAGGGGACCAAUGUCCUGGAUCUUCAGAGCAGGACAUGGAGAUGCAGGAGAAGCAGACGGCACAUGGAGCAGAGAUGAACCAUCUGAUGGAGCACUGUGGCAGAGCAUUGUUAGAAUAUCAGGCAGAAGAAGGUGACGAGGAGUUUUGGACAAAAGGCAAAGGAAAACAGGAGUCUAGCACAUUGCAAAGGAGUGUGUCUGUCCCUCUGGCUGUGCUGUGGACAUCCUGUCCCAAAGUCGGUGCCCUGAGUGGAAGUCUCAGUAACCUCAGACGCCUGUUGAUGGAUGGUCCCGAAGUGAAACUGAGCCAGGAUGGCUCUGCUCUGCUUGUAAAUCUUCAAGAACAGGACCUUGAAGAAGAAGAAGAAGAAGAAGAAGAAGAGGAUCAGAAUGAUCUGGAGGACAGCGGAUAUGCUGGGGUCAGCCAGUGUUUCCACAGUGCUGAGCAAGAGGAAGACUGGGAGACAAAUGUUUGAUCUGGAGGAUACAGGACAAGUAGGUGACAUCUUCAAAUUUACCAAGCGAACUCAUGAGUGAACUUCACUUGGAUGCUACUGGACAUCACAAAAUGUUCUAACAAAUCCGUGAAGAGCUGGCUCUUGGAUUUGUUAAGUGGCUUUUUUUUUUACUGCAACUUUGUUUUUCUGUAAGAGUUAAAGUGUCACCUCUGGCCUCUACAACACGAGUAUAUUGACAGUCCAGAUGUGUAAAAUAAAA